AUGCCCAACAACUUCGACAAGGAUUACACCGUCACAUGUGGCCGCGGCCAAGAAUACAUCCUGCGUCUAACUGUCCCUGUCGACGCACGAUCAAAGACUAUGAGCGAGGUGGCUACUAUCGAGUACAUCCGUCAUCACACUGAGGUUCCAGUACCACAGGUCUUCUGCUACCAGGCUAAUACCGACAACGAACUUGGACUUGAGUGGAUACUCAGGGCGCGUAUGCCCGGCCGCAAACUGGGUGAUGAAUGGGAGGGCAUGGACUAUCUCAAGAAAGAGCAACUGGUGCGUAAAAUGGUCUCUGUUCACGCGCAGCUCUUCCAACAGCGGUUCGAUCAACUGGGCAACUUGUACCCUGCGAAUGAACUUCCUCAUUUAACCACGCCAGGCCUGGAUGAUAUCGCUUUGCUUACACUGGAGGUCUCAAUCCUCUCCACGAAAGUCGGCCUAGGCAAGAUCGUCUCCGCGCCCUUCUUCUGGGGCGCACACAUCGACCACAACGUCCCGCGCGGCCCUUACAAGCGGAGUCAAGACUGGCUUACCGCACAACUGCAGCUCAGCCUCUUUGAUCUUGACGACGAGUCCAAGCUUGAAACGUCGGACGAAAUCAAGCGCUCGAUAUACCAAAAUAUCAUCGAUUCUUAUCCCGGCGAGCCUGACGAAGCGGCUACCGCCAUAUGGAAGAAACAAAUCGAUAGGAUAAAUACAGAUCCGCACCUUAAGUAUGCCCGUGGAAAGGUCGAAGAAGCUAAACAGCGAGCCCAACGCCUGCUUAAACUUAUGCCAAAGAUUUUCCCCGAGGAGAAAGAUGAAGAGGUAUUCGUGCUUCACCACCAAGACCUCCACGCAGCCGACAUCCUCGUCGACUCCAACGGCGCCUUAACCGGUAUCUUCGACUAG